AUGGCAUCUGUCGGACAACCGCUGAGCAGGAGUCCGUUUCUGGGCAACUCUUCUGGCUUCAGUCAACCGCCCUUUUCCAAGACCAUUCCCAUCCUGCCAUCUUCGGCAACGACCUCAACCAGCCCCGGCGACCCAAUGGACACCAGCCAUAACAACACACCUUCAAUGGGCCCGCCCUUGAGCAGUCCCAAUGGCGAACGACACGACCAUUUCGAUCAGCAGCAGUCUUCUGCCAAUGGAGGCUCAAGUCAACCGACAGGAGCGGCGGCCGCUGCUCAACAACCGAAAGUGGUGCAGACUGCGUUCAUACACAAGCUCUACAACAUGCUCGAAGAUCAAAGCAUUCAACAUCUGAUCUCCUGGUCCCAGACCAACGAGAGCUUUGUCAUGUCACCAUCUUCGGAGUUCUCGAAGGUCUUAGCUCAAUACUUCAAGCAUACCAACAUCUCCUCCUUCGUACGGCAACUGAACAUGUAUGGCUUUCAUAAAGUCUCUGAUGUCUUCCACAAUGGUCAGCCCGACUCGCCCCUGUGGGAGUUCAAGCAUGGCGCUGGCAACUUCAAGCGCGGCGACCUGGUCGGCCUGCGCGAGAUCAAGCGCAGAGCUUCUCGCCAUGCGCUCAUACAUCGCGACUCAUUCUCGAACCAAUCAAAAGUUCCACCAGUGCCUCAGCAACCAGGUACGCCGAUGGAAGCACCUCAAGAUCCUGUAGAGGCGCGCUUCGGGAUGCUCGAGUGGCAGAUGCAGGAUAUGUUUAACCGGCUCUCACGGACGGAAGAGGCCUACACGGCGGUGACUGCGAAGUGCCAGACUCUUCUCGAAGGCUUGACGCGAUGUCACCAGUGGAAUAACGACUUGUCGUCACAUCUGCUCACACUGGUCCCUGACCCGGACAAUCCGGUCCACCGCGAAGUAUACGCCAUGCGCCAGGACAUACAGCGGCAUGUCGAUCACCUGCGAUCAGUGGAAGAUACGUCCGAACCAAUCUUCGGAAACAGGCAAUCGUACUUCCAAAACGACAGACUUGCGCCAGACAUGGGCCCGCCAAUGUCGCCUCGACAACGCCCAUACGACGAAUCCCGCCGGCCAUCACUCCAAGCAAUCGGCCGACCAAACUCCUUCCGCACCCCCGUACCACCCCACCUCAUGUCCCCCCGCCGCUACGGCUCCAUCGGCGCAGCCAGCGGCGCCUACUCCCCCUCCUCCACCCGCCCACCACACCUCCCCCCACCACCCCCACCAUCCCAACAAACUCAACACCCGCUCGCCAACACCUCCUCCCCACCCGCCAGCCUCGCCCGCCGCCACACCUCCGCCGACAUCCGCGUCCACGGCUGGUCCGCCACCCAGCCCUACCCCCACAACAGCUCCCCCUACGCCUCCGGCCACUCCUCCACCGCCUGGCCCUCGUCCCCGCGCCAGCCGGCCCAACCAGGGGACCAACAGCUCCGCGACGCGCUGGCGCAAUACGAACUCCCCCGCGCCGCAGGCAUCGCCUCUACCUCCCGCCACCCCUCCCCUCCGCCCCCGCACGACCCAGGUCCGCCCAGUUUCACCAGCAGUUUCGGCGGCAGCUACGCGAACCCCAACGACGCCGGGUGGCAGCUUCCCGGGCGCGCGUAUCCUUUUAAGGGGAUCGGGAUCGAGACGCCCGGUCCGCCGACGAGGAGGAGCAGUAUGGCGAGUAAUGUGCAUUCGCUUCUGAAUCCGGCGGAUACGGCGGAGAGGGAGGGGGAGGAUGAGGGGGUGGAGGAGAGGAAGCGGAAGAGGGUGCUUUGA